CUCCGUAAGCUUCACGCAGCGACCGGUGGGAGAUGUCAGGCUACUCUUUUGCGUACUUCAGCCCAGAAGAGAAGGAUAAGUCAGGAAGCCGUUAGACGAAGUUAAGAAGAAAAACACCCAACGCUGUCAAAGCACAGCGUCACGUGAAGCCAGAUGACUCUGCCGUUGGCCGACAAGCAGGCUAAAGUGAAUGUGUUGGCCAAGGCUUUGUACGACAAUGUUGCUGAGACUCCAGAUGAACUGUCCUUCCGUAAAGGGGACAUCCUGACCGUGUUGGAACACAACACACAAGGACUCGAUGGCUGGUGGCUCUGUUCGCUCCACGGCCGCCAAGGCAUCGUUCCUGGGAACCGUCUCAAGAUCCUGGUUGGCAUGCACGAUGGAAAAGAACCCGGCAUGGCGGAUCCAGCAUCAUCUUCUCCCACCUCCCAGCUGCAGCGAUUGCUUCAUCCCAAACCUUCGCUCGCUCAGCACGCACCAAUGCCCUCCAUUUACUCCACCCCCAGUCCUGCAAAGCCCAAACACGAUCCAGUCUACAUGAUCCCCCCCAAGCACGGCCCCAAACCGGACACCCACAUUUUGUACCAGGCUUCCUCUGAUCCAAGACUUCCUCUAAAGGUCAAGCUAGAACCCUCCGUUAAGGCAGUUGGUGCGGGGGUUGGCAAUGAUGUGUAUCAGGUGCCCCCCAGUCUGGACAAGAGGACCUGGGAGGACAGAACACCUCUUGAUAAGAUGCUUCUUUCCAGUCGAGCCUGCGACACCGUAAACUCCUACCAGGAUAAGUACGAUUUCCCACCCAGGCAUCAACUGCCAUCCCGCCAGGAUAUUUAUGACGUCCCUCCAACCCGCGACCAAUACAACACACAGGUUUAUGACUUCCCACCUACAGUCAGCAAAGAUGUUCCCGACGCUCAAGUCAUGAAAGAGGAAACCUAUGACGUUCCAUCCCAUUUGAGCAGAACACAAACCCAAGCCUUCGCUCCGGAAUUUGGCCGGAAUACGGACAGUCGUCCCAAUGAUGACAUCCAAGACAAUCCAGCCCUCGAGGACGUAUACGACGUCCCCCCCCCACUGCUGAGCAGCAGACAUUUACAUGGCGACGGCGGUAAAGUCAACCAGUCGGCCGACGACAUCUACGACAUUCCACCCAGCCUUCGCACUGGAGGACACCCCGCCCACGGCGUCUAUGACAUCCCAAGGGAGCACGAGGAGGAGGGAAUACACACGGAUCACGCAUACAUCUAUGAUGUCCCGCCACAGGUCCUCCGUGACGGCCAGGCGACCGGCGAGGAGCUCCACGGGGCGUUCAAGCGACUUUCCGCCUCAAGCACAGGAAGCACCCUCAGCAACCACUCCGCCUCAUCCGGAGACGGGCACCGUGACGCCGCGCCAUCGCCGCGCUGCUUCUUCGCCGCAAAGCCACUUCUGCUGGACCUGGAUACCGCCAUGGAGCGCCUUUCCCGCCUUCAACAGGCCGUGGACUUAAGCGUUUCCAUGAUGAUGUCAAUCAUCACGGGUAAUUGGCGAAGCCCGGGAAAGCUGGACGGGAAUCUCCCGGCCCUCCACCAGGCCGCCAAUGGAGUCUGUGCCACUCUGCGGGACUUCCUGGAGUUUUCCCACGGUGCCGUGGCGAACGCUGGCCAGGCCACCGACCGCUCCUUGCAGACCAAACUGGCCCACCAGGUGGGCAAACUGGAGGAGGUUUUUCAGAGUGUAAUUACCCAGACUCAGAGCCUGGAUGCCGAGCUCACCAGACCCCAACCAGGUGGAGAUGUUUUGGACCAGCUGGUCAUCACAGCACGCGGGAUCCCGGAAGACACCAAACAGCUCACUUCCUUUCUCCACGGCAACGCUUCUUUGCUCUUCAAACACAGCCACCAGCCGCAGCUUCCUCCGUUGCCGGGUCACGUGACAGGAAGUGGCAGCCAUCCAAUGGGAGAGAAGGCCAACAUUCAGUCACGGCCGCUACCUCCUCCGCCAAAGUUUGCGGCAGCAGAAGAAGACGGCGUUGGAGACGAUUCUUAUGAGACCACCGAAGGAUGGAUGGAGGAUUAUGACUACGUUCAUCUACAGAUGAAACAUUCCGAACGACAGGAAGUUGGUCAACCAAUCAACCAGGACUUGACUGGGCGGGGUCAUCUUCCUCAAAAUGACUCCUCCUCCUCGUCCUCCUCCUCGUCCAGACUGUGCCAUGCUGACCGCCAACUCCUCCUCUUCUACCUGCAGCAGUCUGAGCAAAACUUCACCAGCGUGAACGACGCCAUCGUCGCCUUCUCCAGCGCCGUCAACGCCAAUCAGCUGCCCAAGACGUUUGUGGCGCACAGCAAGUUCGUCAUCGUCGGCGCUCACAAGCUGCUCUUCAUCGGGGACACGCUAUCCCGUCAGGCCAGGUCGCCUCAGGUUCGAGCCCAGAUCGGUCAAACCAGCAGCACCCUUUGUCACAAACUGAAGGAUUUUGUCAUGAGCACAAAGACGGCGUCCCUCCACUAUCCCUCCCCAGGAGCAGCCAGGGAGAUGAGCGAACGGCUGAUGGAGCUGGCAGGAAGUACUCGGCAAUUCCAAAUGGUUCUGGGACAGCUGUUGAUGGUCUAAGUGGCCAGGAGGGACCCGGGAUUGUUGGAGAUGCCUCAAGAGCAUCAAUGUGGCAACAUGGCCGACCUUUUAUUACAAUUAUAUCACAAUUACAAAUCAUGAGGGACGGGGUUAUUUUCAUAUAAUCCAUACCAUAAAUGAACUGUGGAUCAUAAUACUGGAUGGAUCAUAAUACUUCAAAAUCAAAAUAAUUCAUCUCACCCCUGCCUGUAUGUAGCCUCACCUUUCCUUGGAACCAUCAAAAUCAAUACUUGGAUCUUCUACACAAACCCUUGUAGAUGCUUCAGCAUGUGAGAAGAAACAAUAUGAUUGUUAGAAUAUUACUUGGAAGUAUUUUUACAAUGCAUCGUUAUUAGAGCCUCUGCAAACUGGAAUGGUUUUCUCCCGAUUUUUUUUUAAAAUAUAUAUAUAAUACUGCUAACUGUAUGUGUACCACCAUUCCAAAGUAACUGCAUACUUUGUAAUAUACCAAAAGUCAUUGGUAUGGUACUGGUCUGUGGACAAUAUCAUUUCAGCAUGUUAUUAUGCUUUUUAUGAAUGUCUAUGUGUUGUUUAAAAUAGCAGAAAUAUUUUAUACUGGAUAUGAGAAGUUGGUAUAAUUAUGUUUUUGUGAUGCUAUAGUAUAUGAGAGUGAGAUAUAUUAAUAUAUAAUCAUAUUAGAAUGUUUGUCAACUGGGAUAUGCCCCAGCAUGACCUGUGACCUUAGUAUACCUUAGUAUACUUUAGUAUACCUUAGUAUACUUUAGUAUACUUUAGUAUAAUGUCUGUACAGUUAUGACUUUUAAACAGAUUGAUUUUUUUUUUUAUUGUAUACGUCAGGUUAUGGCGAAGGAGUCAAUUAGUCAACACACACAAGCAAUUCUACAAUCUUAUCAUUGAUUAGCCCAUUAGAAUAAUUGAAUUUAUAAAUAAUCAAUACAUGUUAUCCAUUAUAAUAAUCAUUAGAUCAGUUUUUAGACAUUGGAAAAAUCAACAUCUCACCGCAUGCCAUGACUUACAGUAUGUUGUAUGUUGUAUGACGAGCAACAGGUGGACACACAUGUUAGUCCUGUACCUUCUGCCACCGCGUGGAGAACAUGGAAACACUCUUCCUGUGACCACAUUUAUGGGUCUGAACUAUUUAGUCACUUCGCCCCAGGGAAUAGAAACGUUUUCACAUUUCAACUUUUUCAUAAUAUGUAAUAUGACGCAACGCCAGUGAUCAGGAUGUGCACAUUUAUUCGAUGAACGGGUGGCAAGUAAAGUACAACUGGCACGCAAACACACAGCAGCAGGUUCAAAUCCCUGUCCUCAGCCUCACAAGCGAUUCACGUUUUUUUCUGGAACAAAUGUCGAAAUUGGAGGAGCAGAAAAACACAGAUCGAUCAGGUCAGCCAUGCUGCAUCCCACUAGAACGCUCCCAAUACUGGUGCUUCUCCAAUACUGGUGCUUCUCCAAUACUGGUGCUUCCCGGUUUACGGUGUUCCGUGUUCAUUUACUGAUAACGAAUCCACAUUUCAGAACAGUAGGUACUUAAGUAGGUGCCUUAAGUGGAAGAAAUAUGUGAGUUAUGCUUUCAAAUUACACCUUCUGACCUUUCAUAAACAAAGCAAAACAUGUCCAUUGUGUAUGUGUAUACAUGUCUGUAUGUACACGGUGUUCCCUCGUUUAUGGCGUGGGGAGGGUCCCAAAAUAGCCUGCAAUAAGUGAAAAGUACCCAACUGUUACAAUAAAUUAAGUCACUCAAGCAAAUUCCACUCGUGGCGCCGUUCCGCUGUACUGUAGCGUUUUUGUAUCCUUGCUAAAACAUUGUUGUAGUUCCCCUCCUUUGUUUACAAGCUGGCAAGCUAGCAAAUCACAGGAGACACGGCAGGGCGGCAUUAAGGAGAUUGAUUGACAGUGGUCUACAGCCAAUUAGAAUGCAGAAAAGAACGGGUAUGUAGACUGACUUUCCACAAUGCAAUUCUUCUUAAAGGGCCGGCAUCGCCCUGUCAUAAAAAAAAAUAAGCAAAAAAUAAUUUUGCGAACCCAAAGGUGAAUUAUUAUAGAGCGAGGGAACACUGUUCAAUAAAUAAAUAAAUAUAAAUAUAUAUAUACAGUAUAUAUACACAGUAUAUGUAUGCGUGUGCGAUGAUAUACAUACAAAUAAAUAAUUCUUAAUAUACAUAAUUGUACAUUAAGUGGUGCAUUAUUUUGCAGGUUUGCUUCAAACAGACUCGGGUGUUACAGUGGAGUGAUUGACAGGUCAAAGCACAUAGUUAAGCACACAGGGUUCAUGCACUGGUUGUUCUGGUUGUUCUGGUGAGCAGUUAUGGUUUUCCCGGCAGGUUGGUCACUGGCAGGCCGGCCUUUCUCCCAGGCAGAAAUGAAAGUUCAGGUUGGAAUUUGCCAUUUUCUGUCUGUACACGGCAUCAAACUUUUCAUUCAUCGACACAGUGAAGACGUCCUUCCACAGACCCACGUGACCUGCAACGAGCGGAUUCAAUAGCAUUCGUUCCAUGAAUAAUUGAUACAACACAACUAUUCCUGCUGAAGUGUGAGUGGCGGUCAGACGUUUGUCUGACAUGGCGGGUGGGGCAUCAUUUGAUUUUCAACAAUUCCUAUACCAAUUCCUUGUUUCGCUUCCAGUUCCUAACUAUUACUGGUUCCAAUGCUUUUCAUGGUUUAAAGUUAUUUUUUUCUUUACGUUGGGCACUUAAACAUGCAAUUGUACAAGGUUUGACUAUGAGCUACUAGUCUUGAGCUAACAUAUUAGCACAAGUAUGCUUUGCUGCCUCAAAGAUGGUGGAAUGGAUGGCUUUUUUUUUAGGGAACCCUUAUUUUGUUAUCACAAGGAAACAAGAUUUAUUUUGAAGGCCAAAGUGUGUUGUGACAGUCUCUCGUGACGCUGUGUACAUAAAUAAACUGGCAUCGUGCAGUCGAGGCUCCCGA